AUCCAAUAUUACUUUGACUUAGUUUCUGGGGACAAUAUAAUAUGAGGAAGUGGCUAUUCUAACGGUCCCGUAGGAAUAGCCUUGCAGGCUAUUCUUACGGUUCUCCCGUAAGAAUAGUGAAAAGUGUCAAUCAAACAUCUGUGAUCCAAUCAAAUAUCAAUUUUUAACACACACAGGUGUACCACGUAUCGCUGUCAUUUUCCUCCGACAAACUGAUUGUCGAGGUUAGCAGAUAAGGUAGACAGUAACAUGUAUGACAGCAAUGAACUGCCAUCAAAGAGUGCCAACUUGUUGCCAGAAUAUACAGACCCUCCUUGGAUGUUGGAGCAGGGCUGGACUCUAGACAACAGUUGCAUGGAUGAGAAAUCAAAAGCUACCAUAGAAAAAAUGCUCUUAGAAGAACAAUAUUACAUUAGUGGGAAGUCAGCAAGAGGGAAGCAACAGUUGGCUAUGUCUGUUGGUGUGGGACUUGCAAGGAAAAAAGGAGAACAAAAGAAGAUUGUUUGGACAAAGGAAGAAAAGGACAUGUUUCACAGAGGAAUGGAGAUAUAUGGAAGAAGCUGGACAAAAAUUGCUGAGCUAAUACCAACAAGAACCAGCACUCAGAUCAAAAACUUUGCUCAUCAGUUGUUCAGGACACUUAGUAAAGACAAAGAUGUUUUACCAUCUAAAUCUGAAGCAACAACAGCAACAACUUCUACAACUAGCUCUCCAGAAUCCUAUAGUGAAGAUCCACUUACUGUCACAAUGGCAACAGUAACCACAGCAGAGCCUACUGUUGCAGUUGCCAAAAAGUCUAUUGUACCGAAACGUGGUAGAAUACCAUCUAAAGACAAACAUAUAUUGAAACGUAAAUCAGCCAAGCCGAAAGUUCUUCCAUCAAAAAAUUGUAGUACUAAAUCAAGUGUUUCUGAGACUGCAAAGAAAAUUUCAAGAAUUAAAAAAUUGAAAUACAAAGGAAAAGCGAAUGGUAAAGUAAAUGGUGUAAGUAAACAAACUGACCAAGUAAUAAAACAUGACACAGGACAUUCAGAGAUUAUUUUAGAUAAGAAAUUGACCAUAACUCCAAGUUUGAUAGAAAAUUUGGAUGGAUUUUGUGCUGUAGCAGACAUAAUCAGUGGUGAAAAUGAUGAAGAAGCCAAGCCGACCAAUGAGAGCGAUGAUGACAUUCAUGUUGAUAUUGAAAAUGAUGAUGAUAAUGAUAGUAACCCAUUUCUGAUUGGUCGAUCUACAUCUCCAAACUCUGUUUAUGAAAAAUUACUUAAUGAAGCAAAUUUAAAUGAAACAAAUAGUAGUGAAGAGAAAAAUGUUGAGCAAGUUCUGCAAGAUGAUAAAAAUUGUAUUAAAGAGAGCAGUAAAGACAAUUCUGUCAAAACCUUUCUAGAUUGGAAAACUUGUGAAUCUCAAACAAAACUUAAGGGAGAAGUUGAUACUGAUACAAAAGUUACAGCUGAUAAAGUGGAAGUAACUGGGGAAGAAUAUACAGCAAAUAGUGUUUCACAUGAUACAAACAUGGACUUGGACAAAGACAAUAAUUUAGCUAAAUCGGAAGAAAAAAGUAGUUUUAAGAGGGAAGAGGUUUCUGUUAAACAAAUAGAUUCUCAAAAGGUUCUAGUAAAUGCUGUGGUACGAGAAGAUGGUGAAGUCAUGCAUUUUUCGGUGCCAACUGCAGAAAUUACUCUUCAACCAAAGAUAAUCACAGAACAGGAAAAAGAUGUUCUCAAAGAAUUCUUUGACAACAGACCGUCUAAAACACCAGAAAGAUAUCUGAAAAUUAGAAAUUACAUUGUUGAGUCAUGGAAGAAAUGCCGGCCAAGUUACUUAAACAAAACAUCAGUACGACCAGGACUGAAGAACUGUGGAGAUGUUAACAGUAUAGGCAGAGUACAUUCAUACCUGGAAUGUAUAGGGGCCAUUAACUUUGAUUGUGAACAAGCAGCAUACAAGCAUCCACGGUCUAUAUUUUCACUGCUAGGUAGAGAAAAGGUCAGCAAAGAUUCAACGUUUGAAGUAAACUCUGCUAAGUUAGAAGCCAUGAGGCCAAGGAAAAGAAAAGUAAAAGAUGCAUUUGGAUUUUGGAUAGAUGAAAAAGAUCUUGAAGGAAUGACUUUCGAGCAUGGGAAUUUGGUAGAAAGUCAGCCAAAAGAGGCAAAGCCAAAACAGAUAAAAACAACAUAUGAUCCUUUCAAACUGGUACCAUGUCUUUCAUUUAGUGAGGAGAGUCCUGCACCUUUUCUGGUGGAGGUACACUGUUCAGCACUGAUUGUAAUGGAUAUACAUAGCCAUAUAUCUAAGACUGAGGUAAUAGGCAUGCUGGGAGGCAAGUUCUGUGCAGAACAAGGUAAACUCAUCAUCACCAUGGCAACACCAUGUAACAGCAUUAGUACAGGAAUGCAAUGUGAAAUGGAUCCAGUUUCUCAGACACAGGCCAGUGAGGAGAUCAGGGGCUCGGGUAUGGAGGUAGUGGGCUGGUACCACUCACAUCCUACAUUUGUGCCAAACCCUUCAGUAAGAGAUAUUGAAACACAGCUCAAGUUUCAGAAUUGGUUUUCAAAAGGUGGUUGUAAUUUUGUGGGUGUGAUAGUCAGUCCGUACAACCCGCGAAGUUCUGGAAUGUGUUCUGAAGUGAAUGUCCUCACUGUUAGUAAAGAGAUACUUCCACAACUUCGGUGCAAUAUUCCUUACAAGUUUAGUUACACGACGAGACCCUGUGACACCUCUGAGAUAAACCACAUUGUGUUAACAGCCCAGGAUCUUGCAACUAGCUACAGUAACUACCCAAACAGAGUUGACCUUACUUCAGUAUACAGCUCAUCAAGGGGAAUUACUUUUUUAGAAAAGAUGAUAGAAUCGUUGAAGACAUACUGCCAGGAAGAGGAUAGCUGUCAACUGUUGGAGAGUGUGAGAAAAGCAUUUACACCUGUAGUUACUGCAGAUCAUAGUGGUCAUCAGGAUGUGGACAUUUCUCUCUCGGAAUUAGAAAACUUGGAUAAUUUGUCAAAAGACAGUUGACGGCAAUUUUCAUUGUGUGGGCAUUUUUUUCCUCCGCAUAUUUUUAUUCUCCCUAUUUAAUUAUAUGAAGUUGCUAGAGUCAUUUUCUGGCGGAUUGGGGAAAAUAGAUAUGUGUUCAUGAAAGACUGUUCCUUUUUGUAUUGGAAAUAUCUGCUUUAAUCUGCUGCUCAAAAUGUUGUUUACCUACUCUGUUGAUAUUUACUUUUAUGUCAUUGUGAGUAAAACAAUUUACAAAUAGCUGAAGGAAGAAAAGGAUACAUGUUACCACAUUUAGGUUUUACUUUCAGUGUGCACAGUUUUCACCCAUUCUCACCAUUCUCUGUUUUUCCAAAUUGGCCUUUUACUCCUAUAGGUUAAAGGUUGUGUUAUUAUGUGUUGUGUAUCAAAUCACUAAUGAUUUUGAAAAUUUACUAAGGAAAAAGUUUUCUAAACAAUACAGGUUAUAUUGUUAAAUUUGUGAUUGCUGUUAAGUUUUUGUAAUGGGUAAGGCUUUUUAAAAUGCAGAAAUAAUAUUUUAUUUAUUUAAACAUAUGUCUUUAAUAAAAUCACUUUUUGGGGGC